AUGCCCCACGGAUCCCCUCUCCUCUCCCAGCCCGAAGAAGAGUUGCGCUUUAUAGCCAGGCGUGGAAACAGAAACGCAAACUCCAGUGUCCGCUUGCAAAAGCCGCCGAUUUCUUAUUCAAAACGUCACAAGACACAGGAGACGCGCAGGACUUUUGGAGCAGAUCGGAUUCAUUGUUGUCAUCUGUCCUUCUCCUCCGUGCAUCUGCGAGUGUGUCCAAUACGCCCAGCUCCGACCAUCGGGGUGCAGAUGACCUUGGAUUUGCUGGGAAAGAGGUUCUGGGCCAUCGCCAAGCAGCCACCUGAUACAGAUUGUUCUGAGAUUGAGGGUGUGUGUCCGCUCAGCUGUGAGAGUGCAGACCUCAACUGUUACUUACUGGAUAAUAACGGCUUUAUCGUGCUUUCCAAAGAGAGGGAAGAGGCUGGCCGUUUCUUUGGAGAAGUGGACGGCUCGGUCAUGGCCAAUCUGCUCAAGAUGGGCUUGUACAAGAAGGUUUUGUUGUUCGACUACCAGGCCAUGUGUAAAAACAGCCAUCACCAUCACCACAGCAGCGCCAGGCCUCUCCUCAGCCCUUUUUAUGGCAUCGUUGGAUUGCUCAGAUGGUUCUUCUCCAAUGCACUAAUGUUCCUUCUGGAUUUUAACUUCUGCGGACUUUGGCAUUCAGACUAUUUUGUGGAAGGCAAAGCGGGUUACCACACCACUCAUAAGCAGAAGAAGGUGGAGGCCUACAUCCCGUGUGAGACAAAUUACCCCGGCGUAAUGUACGACCCCAGUGUGAAGGAAGCUAACAGCCUGAUCAAGUGCGGACGCUGCCAGAAGAUGUUCGUGGUGCAGCAGAUCCCGGACAGUAACCUGGUGCUGGUGGUGACUCAGGCCGACUGCGACUGCUCCCGACAGUACGAGCCCAUUCCUCUGCAGCCCAAAGAGAUCAAAUAUAUCCUUUCACCACAAACCCAACGCUCAGGCUCCACCGCUGCAACUGUCCUCAAGGGGGCAGCGUUGCACCAAUACAGGGACGUUGGUCAAUGGCUUCAUCAUAAAACAAUUUGA